GUACUCCAAAUCUUAGUGGACGGUGAUGCAGCAGAGCAGCAGUGAGAAAGCUUAACUAGGGAGUAUUAGUCUUCUCUGUCUUGGGAAGAAAGUAAACAAAACCAAAUUGAUCAUAAUAAAUACCUCAAAAUUGAAAUUGAAAUUGAAAUUGAAAGUUUGAACAAGAUAAGAAAUCAAAAAUGCAUCUGUACAAUGCAUGGCUUCCGCCUCCAAUCGUAGAAGAUUCAAAGAAAGAGAAGGAAUCAUUCUCAAGAUGCGUCCAUUUGCUCAAGGAUUCUUAUCGUCCCCAAGAUCCUGAUUCCGUCUAUUCCACUCUCAAAUGGAUUUCCGUCUUUGACCUUUUUAUAAAGGCGAAAAGUGAGUUGUCUCUUGAGGAUGUAGGGCCUCUUGUUGAACUAGGACUGGAUAUAUUCUAUGCAUCUAGCGGCAAACUCUAUUCGCAGGUUAGAUGGGGCAAUUUACUUGUCAAAAUCAUAAACAAGUACAGAAAGAAGUUGUCUCUGACAGUUCAGUGGCGCCCUCUUUAUGAUAUCUUGGUCCGCACACAUUUCAAGAGAAAUACUGGCCCAGAAGGGUGGAGAGUUAAACAGAGACACUUUGAGACAGUUACUUCCCUUGUUCGAGCUUGUAGGAGGUUCUUUCCGCAGAAUUCUACUUUGGAGACAUGGUCUGAGUUUGGCUCCCUUUUGGAAAAUCCAUGGCAUAAUUCGUCCUUUGAAGGUUCUGGGUUCAUCAAACUUUUUCUUCCUACAAAUUUGGACAACCAGGAUUUCUUCUCUCAGGAUUGGAUUGGUAAAUGCAUAGAAGUAUGGAAUUCUAUUCCAAAUUGUCAAUUUUGGAACAGUCAAUGGGCUGCUGUACUUGCUCGUGUUAUAAAGAACUAUGACACCAUUACCUGGGAGCCUUUGUUGCCUGUUCUUUUUGCUAAAUAUUUGAAUAUGUUUGAGGUUCCUGUGGCUAAUGGUUCUAGUUCGUACCCGUACUCUGUUAAUGUUCCAAGAAAUACAAGGUUCUUGUUUUCCAACAAGACAUCAACUCCAUCUAAGGCCAUUGCAAAAUCUAUUGUGUAUUUGCUUAGACCUGGGAGUUCAGCUCAAGAGCAUUUUGACAAGUUGGUCAAUCUUUUGGAACAAUAUUACCACCCCUCUAAUGGUGGUCGCUGGACCUAUUCUUUGGAGCGAUUUUUGCUGUAUCUGGUUAUUAUGUUUCAGAAGCGCUUACAACAUGAGCAAAAGGCAUCCAACGGUCGUAGACGAUCGGAGCUGUAUUUGGGAAAAUCGGAAAGGAUUUCUUUUGUGAACACUGUGUUGAAGCUGAUUGACCGUGGUCAAUACAGCAAAAAUGAACAUUUAUCUGAAACAGUUGCUGCAGCAACUUCAAUAUUGUCUUAUGUAGAACCCUCUCUGGUCCUUCCCUUCGUAGCUUCUCGGUUUCAUAUGGCUUUGGAGACGAUGACAGCCACCCACCAGUUGAAGACGGCAGUCACAUCUGUAGCAUAUGCUGGCCGGCCUUUGUUCUUCACAUCUCUUUCAGCUUCAGUAGAAAAACCUGCUGAUUCUGAUGGUCAGAACUCAUUUAUUGAUCUUUUGUUCAUCUCAUUAUCCAAUGCGCUGCUGGGCAUGGAUGCCAAUGAUCCUCCAAAGACUUGCGCAACCAUGCAAUUAAUUGGUUCCAUUUUUUCUAAUAUGGCUGUCAUAGAAGAUAGUACUGAUGAUUUGUCACCAAUUUCUGCUAUCCGGUUCUCGGAGUGGCUUGAUGAAUUUCUAUGUCGCCUGUUUUCUUUACUUUUACACCUGGAGCCAAAUACUGCCACGAAUGAAGGACUUAGUACCAUGGCUACCUCUGGUACUUUUCUUGUUGAAGAUGGUCCUUAUUACUUUUGCAUGCUGGAAAUUUUGUUUGGACGACUGUCAAAAUCACUCUUCACUCAGGCUUUGAAGAAAAUUUCCAAGUUUGUGCAAACCAACAUUCUUCCUGGGGCUGUGGCAGAGGUUGGCCUUCUUUGCUGUGCAUGUGUGCACUCAAAUCCAGAAGAGGCUGUUCUUUAUCUUGUUGAACCUAUGCUAUCAUCAGUUAUAUCAUCUAUGAAAGGGACGCCUAGAACAGGAUUCCUAGGAGGAACUUUUGAUACAUCUGUCUUAAGCAAGGAAAAACCUUCAAUUUCUCCGGCUCUUGAAACUGCAAUUGACUAUCAGUUGAAAGUUUUGUCCGUUUGCAUCAGUUAUGGGGGCCCUCAUCUUUUACGCUUCAGGGAUCAAUUUAAAGAAGCUAUCGACCUAGCGUUUGAAUCACCAUCUUGGAAGGUUAACGGAGCUGGUGAUCAUGUACUCCGGUCUCUCCUUGGAAGCUUGGUGCUUUAUUAUCCUAUUGACCAGUACAGGUGUAUAGGGCAACAUCCUGAUGCCCCUCUCAUGGAGAAAUGGAUCAGCACCAAGGAUUGUUUAAAGGACGAACCACUCAUUUACCCAAAAUGGCAUGUUCCAAUAGAGGAGGAAAUUUUAUAUGCAAAUGAGCUUCUAUCUCUUCAUUUCCAAUCAGCACUUGAUGCACUAGUGAAAAUCUGCCAAGAUAGAAUUCAUACUGAUGCAGGAUAUGAGAAAGACCAUCUCAAGGUGACCCUUCUGCGGAUUGAUUCUUCAUUGCAAGGCAUAUUGUCUUGCUUGCCGGAUUUUAAUCCAUCUGUCACAUCUGGUGAUGCUGAAGAUACAGUGCAAGGAUUCUUGCUCGCAGGUGCUGCAGGUGCUAGAGUUGGUAGUACCGAGAUGAGAGUGAGGGCAGCUGAGGUCAUACAUGCAGCCUGCCGAUACUUGCUGGAGGAAAAAUCAGAUGAUAGCAUAUUACUCAUUCUCAUAAUCCGUAUUAUGGAUGCUCUAAUAAAUUAUGGAAGUCUUGAAUAUGAUGAAUGGGCGAAUCACAGGCAGGCUUGGAAACUGGAAUCUACUGCAAUUGUAGAACCUUCAAUUAACUUUUUAACAUCUUCUCAUUCUAAUGGAAAAAGAAGGCCUCUCUGGGCACUUGCUGACAAGGCAUAUAUGCACAACACAUGGAGAGCAUCUCAGUCCUCUUUUCAUUUGUAUCGUACAAGUGGAAAUUACUCUCCAUCAGGUCAUGCUACUCUUCUAAUGGACGAUCUUCUAACCCUGGCUUUGCAUAGAUAUGAAACUGUUCGAGCGCUUGCUGGAAAGAGUCUCCUCAAGAUGUUGAAGAGAUGGCCGUCCAUGGUCUCAAGGUGCAUGCUUGUCUUGACUGAAAAUUUAGCAAGUCCCAGUUCACCUGAAUAUGCUGUUCUUGGGUCCUGCACCAUUCUAUCUAAUCAGACACUUCUCAAGCAUUUGACAGUGGAUGUAAAGGCUUUCACUUCCUUCACCAUCGGCAUUCUGAAGAGUGCACAUCACGAAUCCCUAAAAGCUCAAAAAGCUAUCACUGAGCUUUUUGUGAAAUUCAACAUUCUUUUUGCUGGAGUACCUAGAAAUAUCUUCAAGGCAUCGGAUAGCCUGUCUGAUGGGCAAGUUUUUGAAGAUUUGAUUUCUCAGAUAGGUUCUAUGAGUUUUGAUACCAGUGGCUUGCAUUGGAGGUACAAUCUGAUGGCUAACAGAGUUUUGCUAUUAGUGGUGAUGGCAUCUAGGAAUGAUCCACAUUCCUCUACAACAGUUGUAAGCGAAACUGCUGGGCAUUUUUUGAAGAAUUUAAAAAGUCAGCUUCCCCAAACUAGGAUUCUUGCAAUCUCUGCUCUAAAUACAUUAUUGAAGGAGUCACCUCAUAAAAUGUCAGCUAAGUCUUCCUCAGAAAAGAUUGAAGGGAUCACCCAAUCUUCUGUUGAAGGAGCCUUAGUUGAAAUUUUUCAGGAAGAGGGAUUUUUUAAUGAGACCUUCAACAGCCUUUCCCAUGUUCAUAUAAUCACUGAUGGUGAAACCACAUCUUCUAGGGGAAAUUAUGGGAACUCUUCAUUCCAGAGUAUAGCCGACAAAUCAAUUACCUUUUUUUAUUUUGACUUCACUGCUUCUUGGCCCCGAACUCCUAGUUGGAUUUCUUUGUUGGGAAGUGAUACUUUCUAUUCAAACUUUGCUCGAAUUUUUAAGCGGUUGAUUCAAGAAUGUGGAACACCUGUUUUACAAGCUCUGAAAAGUGCUGUAGAUGAAUUUGGGAGUUCUCAGGAGAGAUCUAAACAAUGUGUUGCUGCUGAGGCUUUUGCUGGAAUUUUGCAUUCUGAUGUAAAUGGUCUCCUUGAGGCAUGGGACGAUUGGAUAAUGGUUAAACUCCAGGAUAUCAUUAUGGCACCGUCAGUGGAAUCUGUGCCUGAGUGGGCAUCUUGCAUACGUUAUGCUGUGACUGGGAAGGGAAAGAACGGAGCACGGGUUCCUCUUCUGAGGCAGAAAAUCAUGGAUUGUCUUCUUACACCUUUACCCCAGACUGCGACUACUAAUAUUGUUUCCAAACGCUAUGCUUUUUUAGCAGCUGUGUUUAUAGAAGUGUCACCUCCAAAAAUGCCAGAAACUGAACUACUGCUUCACAACAGACUGCUGAAGGAGUUGCUGGUCAACAUGAGUCAUUCAUCUGCUCAAGUGAGGGAAGCUGUGGGUGUUACCCUUUGUGUGCUGUGCUCAAAUGUUCAGCUCCAUAAAUUGUUUGCUAGUUCUUAUUCUGACCAAAGGGGAAGCGGUGGUGUGGGUGAUGAAUUUUUUGGUGGUAGUUGGAGUCAGCUCCUGUCAGAUCAAGCUACUGAACGUGCCAUUAAAAUCCAGAAUACAACUCAUUCCGACCAUAUGGAUGCAGGAGAAGAUGUAGUUCCAGAAAAUGGGAUCACAAAUGAUUCUGAGGAGGAUUUAAAAUGGAUGGAAACGUUAUUCCAUUUUGUUAUUGCAUCGCUGAAGUCAGGUAGAUCAUUGUAUUUGAUGGAGACAAUUGUCGGCGUUCUUUAUCCCAUAAUAUCAUUACAGGAUACAUCAAAUAAAGAUUUAUCAACAUUGGCAAAGGCUGCUUUUGCGUUGUUAAAAUGGAGUGUCUUUAGAGAACCUCAUCUCCAAAAGGCUGUUGCUGUUAUUCUUAAGUCAGCUAAUGAUUCUAACUGGCGGACCAGAUCUGCUACAUUGACGUAUCUUCGCACGUUUAUGUAUAGGCACAGUUUUGUCCUUCAACGCGAUGACAAGUUACAAAUUUGGACCACUGUAGAGAAGUUACUCAUAGACAGCCAAGUGGAGGUGCGAGAGCAUGCUGCAGCAGUUUUGGCUGGGUUGAUGAAGGGUGGGGAUGAAAUUCUUGCAGGAGACUUCCGUGAAAGGGCGUAUUCAGAGGCGACUCUUAUUCUCAAGAAGAGAAAACAGAGCAGAAGAGCUGGAUAUUCUGUUGCUUCUGUUCAUGGUGCUGUUCUUGCCUUGGCAGCUGGUGUCUUGUCGGUUCCAUAUGAUAUGCCAAGUUGGUUGCCAGAGCAUGUUACCUUAUUGGCUCGCUUUGUUGUUGAACCAUCACCUGUGAGAUCAACUGUUACUAAAGCUGUUGCAGAGUUUCGACGGACUCAUGCAGACACAUGGAGUUUCCAGAAAGAUCAAUUUACUGAAGAGCAGCUAGAGGUUCUUGCUGAUACAUCAUCUUCCUCAUCAUAUUUUGCUUGAAGUUUCACUGAUAGGAAUAGGCUAUAUAGAUGUAUCUUCCUUGGUGUCUGGUUUAGUAUUAUUCAUUCCAUAGGCGGAGUUCAUAUUUCCCCCCUGUGAACUGGUAGGUUGUAGCUGGAAAUCAACCCGCUUUUUGGUGAGGAGGUGGAGCAUUUCAUCCUUGAAACACCCGAGGGCCGCCUCGGUUAGGUUGGCGACCUGUGGGGGUCCUAGUGUGGUUGCAAUCUCAGCCAUUAGGUGAGAGAAAGACUUGUGUGUAACUGGAUCAAUUCCCAUUCCUGUUAACUUCUUCUUAAGCUUGGUGUUCCAAUGGUUUUUGACAUCAUUAUCAGUUCGGCCGGGAAGUUGAGCAGCAAUUAGUGACCAUCUGUAAAAAACAAAAUUCCAAAUUAUUCAUCACUAAUUGUUGUUGUAUAACUACUCCCUCCGUCCCAAAAUUAUAAUCCUGUAUUCCAAAUCGGACGUUACAUAAUUAUAGUCUUGUUUCCUUAUUUGAACGUAAAA